AUGGACACCGUUGUCGCUGAUCAUAGCGACAGGUAUAACGAGGUUCUUACCCAGAUCUCCGUCAACCUUAACAAUGCACUGACUACGUUCGGUCCCUCCUCCAAACAAUACCUGACGGUUCUAGACAUCCUCAAGGAUUGUCUCCGGACUAUCGAAAGCGAUCGGAAACAGAGAUCGCUCGCUUUGGACCCGGAUACGUUGAGCUUGGCGAUGGGUUUUUUGGAAAUUGGCAAAUAG